AUGGCCGUUCUGCAGAAGGAAAAUCGGCAUCGUGGACUGCGAGUUCCGUCGCUUUCCGCCUUCAAAUCUAAGAAAGCCGUCGACCACGAGUCAGCUCCAGCUCCCGCUCCUGUCUCUGCUGCUCCCGCGCCUCCAGCUCCCGUUGCUCCUCCUCAGUAUCCCGUCCGAACCGACUCUGCCCCCGUUCGACCUGCACGACCACAGAAUGACAAGGAACUGCCCCCGAGCCCACUGCCGUCUUUCCCUCCCGCAUCGGCGUCCCUAGGACCAGAGGAUAUCCACCCAGCAUUCAGAAACGAAAUCCCAGCUGCGCGGCACCACAACUAUGCGCCUCCUGCCAGAGCCCGCGAUGGAUUACCAGUCCAUAUCCCGACUCAGCAGACCCCUUCCAACUCAGUACCGCCAGAUGCAGGCGAUCCAUUAGAAGACUUCAUCCCUGAUCCCGAGCCUGAGCCUGAGCACGAACCGGAACUGGACGGUGCCAGUGGACGCCUCGGCUCUGUGUCGAGUGACGAGAACAAUGGGCCUUUCACCCCUCCUGAGAUCGAACCGGUCACAGUGCCUCUGAACCGAUUACAUUAUGCUUGUUUCCAGGAGCAUCGGAGCAUGAUGCCGGCCAACAAUGUCUGGUAUUCGCUGCCCUGCAUGGCCUGUCAGAAAUUCGACCGGGAGAUGCGCUACAGAUGUGUCUUUUGUUGCUUGCGCAUCUGCGCGGACUGUUAUCAAAGCUUGCAGAAGGUGCCGAAUCGCUCGCUGGCUCGAUUGAUGGAGACGACGCCUGCAAAUUCUUAA